AUGAGAAUGGAAAAACUCCGGUUCAAGAAAUAUUUUGAUGUGAAACCAGGACUUAGAGGGAGAUAUGUGUUCCUGGUCGCCUAUCUGACUUGGAUCCACCAUGUCUACCCUCUAGGAGCAGUGGUAGACAUCUUGGUGUGGCUGACUUCAAGGGGAGGUCUCAAGAUCCUGGAAAUGCAAUACAAGGUUCCUACCUACUUUCCACAAGACACAGUUGCUCAUAUUGGUAAAAUUCUGGAGAAGAGAGAAACGGUUCCUGCUGAUGGCAGAGUUGACUGCACAGGACUUGAAGUUUUCACGAUAGAUCCUGCACAUUCGAAAGAUUUAGAUGAUGCUUUGAGUAUCUCUGCGACAGAUGAUCACUAUCUGAUUGGAGUCCAUAUUGCUGAUGAUGCAGUGGUGAAGAAAGGGGACCCAGUUGACACAGAGGCACAGAAAAGAGCAACAAGCUUCUACCCAUGUGAGUCAAGGACUCACAACAUGCUACCUGAACCAUUGAGUGAGGGCUUGUGUAGUCUGCUACCACAUGAAGAAAAACUUGCUUUGUCAAUUUUCUUUCACAUGGAGAAAUCAGGAAAACUUGUGAAAGAACCAACAGUCAUGAAAACAAUGAUUAAAUCAUCCUGCAAGUUGUCAUACGAAGAUGCCCAGAAAAUUAUUGAAAAUGGGGAAGUGGAUGAUGUUUCACAAAGUCUUAAAGACAAUAUCAAACUGCUACAUGAAAUUGCUCAGACUUUGAGAAAGGACAGAUUGAAUGAUUCCAGGUUUGCAGUUCCAUUUGAAGAUCCAAGAUAUAUUGAGACUGAAAUCAUAGAGCAGAAUAUGGAGGCUCAUGCUCUGGUAGAAGAGUUUAUGAUCAAAGCCAAUACAUCCGUUGCUCACUGGCUGAGAAAGAAGUUCCCACAUUCAAUCCCCAUCAGAUGUCAGUCUCAACCAUCAACUGAGGAUGUCCAGAAAUUUGUCCAAAGUGAAGAGAAGUUCCUGGACCUUGUGGUGAACCUUCAGGGACGAGAAAUCUUACCUGGGAGGAGGGUCGCAUCCAAGAACUGGGUAGCCAAGGGCAACACUGUGAGAAAAGAGCCUUUGCCAAUCCAGAGGAACAUCUGGCUUCAGAUUCUUGAUGGAGUUCACAAUGAAACAUUAGACAAAACGGUAAGGAAUAUGUGCAAAGAUGAGGUCCAUCCUUUUCAAGCCAUUGCUCUUCAACACUGGCAUUGCAUCAUGGAAUCUGCAGAAUACAAAUGUUCAAUGCUGUCUGAAAAAGAGCUGAGCCACUUCUCUCUGAAUACCAAAAUGUACACACAUUUCACAUCCCCUAUCCGGAGAUAUGUGGACCUGGUUGUACACAGGCUGGUACAUGCAGCUCUGGAUGGUACAUCCUGUCCCUACUCACCCUCAGAAAUAACUGACUUGUGUGCCCAUAUCAAUGAUGCCACUUCCAGACAGAAACACUUCAGCAAGGGCUGCCAAGCUCUGAAGAGAGCUGCAAAGAUAUCACAGAGGCCAAUGGUGUUCAAUGCUGUGGUGGAGAAGGUCACAGAUAGUGGAGCACAACUCUGUAUUCCAUCCUUGAAGCAUAUCUCAAGCAGAAGCAAGGAAUUACCCUUCAACUUGAUGGACUUCAGUAAGAAGCCAGAUGAGAAACAAGAUCCUUGGUCUACAAAGACAAUCAUCACUGGAAAAUGGAAGAAAAGGCUGUAUGACUGUACUGGAUGCCCAAGCCAGCUGACAUAUUCUAAGAUGCUAGAAAAGCAGCAAGGGUCCAAACAGAAACGACCCAAACCAGUUGUGUCUGUUGUUGAUCCUAAUCAGCAUGUGUACUUUGUGGACACACACAUGUGGGCAAAGAUGUUGAAUGCAUUGUUCAACCAGGACCUUAAAGCAUUGAAGAAAAUGGUCAACAGUCAACCCCAAGAUGGACAACAAUUGCAUUCCGGAGCACCAGUGAGAGACAUGGUCACCUCAGAGUAUGGAGAUGGUUCCAUCAAGUUUCAACAGUGCAAGUUCACACUGUGCUUUACACCUGGACGUGUCAUCAAAGUGCAAAUGGUUGCUAAUCCAAUGAAAGGUUUGCUCACUCCACAAGUGAGAUUGUUUCAGGUUUGCAAGAAUCUCAGUCUGUGUCUCAGUCACAUGGAAGACCCAGUCGGAGUGUUGAGCAAGUAUGCUAACAGAAUCAACCAAAAGAACAUUGAGUCAAUUUCUGAGUAUCAUAGAACAUGGCUGCCUCUCCUCGAAAUGGAAUCUGCAACAUCAGCUGUUCGUAGUGAAGAGAAUACAAUCAUCAACAAGGUAAACAUUGAAUUCAAACGAACCAAGAAAAGCACAAAACCUUCUACAAAGGUACAUUCACUUUUCCCUCAAGUUUUGUGCAUGAAAGAUGCAUUGAGUUUGAGGCAAACCUUUGGAGAAAUUGAAGGAGGAGGGAGAUGAGGAUGAUGAUGAAAGGGACAACUUUGGGCGAAGGAGUUCUCCUCAAUUGAUUAUCUAUGCAUACGCUGCAAGAUUGACCAAAACAUACCUGAGCCAAGAGAAACAGAGGACUAUUUAGAUCUCAAACAAGGUCAUUGGAAGUCUCUUGCCCACUGAGAAAAGAUGAAAAGCAAACAAAAAUCCUCAAAAGAGGAGUAAGUCAUCCGAAGGAGAAGAUCCCGUGGAGGAAGGCAGUGGCAGUUGAAUGUGCUUAUGAAGGGAGAAGAAGGUGUGUGAAGGACCUGGACUUCAAACUGAUGCCUGUUCACAGCCAGACACCUACACAUGGGGUAGGUCAUGCACAGGUCAUGAAAGUGAGGAGAAGGGAAGGACAAGGAGAUGGAAUCAGAUUUUGUGAUCGGUCACAUUCAGCAUGAACGCCAACAGUGAUCCCCGUGUACAGAGGAACUCUUCCCCACCCGUACAGGCACUGUAGAAGUCAUCUUCAAGUCAGAAGUUGACAGACGUGAUUAAUGAGGAUGGUGCAAAGCUUGAAUGGAGACAAGUCAGAUUUAGCAAGCUGUAUUGCAUUGCACAGGAUGCCUC